AUGGACUCUGCGGCGCUCUCCAAACGGAAUCCGGCGCAGAAAUUACUAGGCUUGGCGGGGGCUCCUCACCCCCAUCACUACCAUCCCCACUCCCCUCCGAGCAUGACCGGCUUCGCCGGACAACCCCACCCCAUGGUUCCCACGCACCCUGGGGAGUGCGCCGCGGAACCCCGCCUGGGGCUGAGCCCGUUCCGGCCCGAACCCAUGGGGCACCACCACCAUCUCCAUCCCCACCACCAGCACCACUACCCUCACCACCCCUCCGCCACCUUCCAGCUCAGCCCUGCCCCUCCUUCUCACCCCCAGCAUCUCGGGCCAGGCCCGGCGGAGGGGGCGCCCCGUCCCGGCGGAGCCUGCGGCCUGGCGCAGCCCGCGGCGGUCCCUUACGCAGUCCCGCAGCCCGGCCAGCCUCUUCCCGCAGGUAGGGGUUUUUUCCUGCGCGGAGGUCGGACGGCCCCCGCCAUGCCAGGGCUCCCCUACCCGCUGUCUGCCACCCCCCGUUCUCAUCACGGCAUGUUUGUCUCGACAACAGGUAGCUACCCCGGACACCAUGCUCGGCACCACCGCCCCCAUCACCACCACCACCGCCGCCACCACCACCACCACCACCACCACUCCGAAGCCGGGACCCCCUCGCUUUUCGCUGGACUCCACCACGAGCAGCCUCCCCAGGCCACUCCGGGCGGCCGUCUGAACGGGCAGCUGAGACUGGGGCUGCCUGGACAAAUGUACGCCCGGUCCGAGCCUUUCGCCCCUGUGCCAGCCUCCCGGACAGACCCUUUCGCCGCCGCCUCUUUCCACGGCUACGCGGGCAUGAACCUGAACGUGAACCUCGCCCCCCACCACGGGCCGGGGGCUUUCUUCCGCUACAUGCGCCAGCCCAUCAAGCAGGAGCUCAUCUGCAAGUGGGUCGAGCUGGACCAGGCGCCCAAGCAGCUGUGCUCGAAAACUUUCAGCACCAUGCACGAGCUGGUCACCCACGUCACGGUGGAGCACGUCGGCGGGCCCGAGCAGUCCAACCACAUCUGCUUCUGGGAGGAGUGCCCCCGCGAAGGGAAGCCUUUCAAGGCCAAGUACAAACUGGUCAACCACAUCCGCGUCCACACCGGCGAGAAGCCCUUCCCCUGCCCUUUCCCCGGAUGCGGGAAAGUCUUCGCGCGCUCCGAGAACCUCAAGAUCCACAAAAGGACGCACACAGGAGAGAAGCCCUUCAAGUGCGAGUUCGAAGGCUGCGAGCGGCGCUUCGCCAACAGCAGCGACCGGAAGAAGCAUUCCCACGUGCACACCAGCGACAAGCCCUACAACUGCAAAGUGCGAGGCUGCGACAAGUCCUACACCCAUCCCAGCUCCUUGCGGAAGCACAUGAAAGUCCACUGCAAGUCCCCGCCCCCCAGCUCGGGCUACGAGUCGUCCACCCCGUCGCUGGUGUCCCCCUCGUCGGACUGCGGCCGGGACCCCCCGCCGCCGCCGCCGCCUCCGCCGCCUUCCUCCGCCUCCUCGACGCAGGCGGCGGCCAACCUGAGCGAAUGGUACGUGUGUCAGAGCUCAGGGGCCGGCGGCAUCCCGACGCCACCCAGUAACUCUCCGUCGCCUCACCCGGGAGAGGCGGCUUACACGAACUGCGAGCCCCGGCCCGCUUACUAAGGGCGUCACGGUAGGACGG